AUGUAUGAGCAGUCUGCCAAACUCCCCAGCACCUCUUCUGGAAGGUUGACCCGGUCUGGAAAGAAGCGUCGUCUGGAGACUGAGAUCUCUAGGCUGGAGGAGAAGCUGAGGUUCACGAAGAGAAUGUUGGCUGUUCCAGCUCUGCUGGAGGAGAUGAACCCACAUGAUCUGAAGACAUUUCAGUCUUUCCUGACUAGUGGCCUGCUGCCUGACUGUCCUCCCAUCCCAGAGAGUCAGCUGGAGAACGCUGACAGACAGGUCACAGUGGAUCAGAUGGUGAAGACAUACGGCCCUGAGAGAGCUUUGAAGAUCACACUGAGGAUCCUGAGGGGGAUGAAGCGGGUAGACCUAGCAGAGAAGUUAGAGACAGAUCACAGAGGAGGUAACAGAACAAGAAUCUGCCUAAUCUGGAAGAUGAACCAGAAUGAUCUGGCAGAGAAGUUAGAGAGAGAUCAGAGAAGUAGGAUUGUAGACAAGGACCCUAACUGUCUCUCUAUCCCCCCUCCUAUCUUCCCUUCUAUUUCCCCUGUUUCCCCCUCUUUCUCAGGUACUGCCUCAACCUCUCCCCUGUGCGGUUACCCUCCACGUCCCCCCUUCCUCUACCCUGGCUCGUCCGAGGAGGUGUUGUCGUUAACUUCUGCUGGUAGCUCAGGAAACUUCAUCUCACAGAGACCCCAAAUAUUGUCUGGUUCAGCUCUGCUGCUGACCACUCCAGAGGAGCUCACUGAAGAACAGCUGACUAAUGACGAGCUGCUUAGCGUUCUUUCCAUCCCAGAGAGUCAGCUGGAGAACGCUGACAUACAGGUCACAGUGGAUCAGAUGGAGAGAUACGACUCUUUGAGAGCUAUGGAGAUCACAGAGACAUUCGAUAGAUAUCACAGUAGAGGAAAGAAAAGGAGAACAAAUGAGCCACCAUCCUGGCCUGGUCUUGUUUCCAGGGAUAAAAAGAGUGAGGAGGAUUGUGUCCCACUGACUGACGGA